AAGUUGCGUGGAGUCCGACUGCGCCUCCAUGACUCGCUCAGAAAUAUCAUAAAAAGGAAGGAUGACGGAGUUACCCCAGUCUCGCUCGCAUCAUCUUCCACAUGCCUUCGGUCCCCUACUCAGACUACUGGCCCAUGGCCGGCGCACUUUUCCUCUCCCGAGUGCUCCAAAGGGGUAUGCCUCAAAAGCCUUUAUCGCCGCUUUCGGCUGCCGCUCCGUUGUCCUCUUCCACGGCCGCCCCAGGCGCUAAGGAUUCUUCCACCCCCUAUCUACUCAUUAUAAGUCCGACGUUAGUCGGACGAAGUGAUCCCACUUUGGCACCCACAACCACUACUACCUCCCCAUGAACGACGCCGCCGAGGCUGCCGACUGCGGCGGCCGCGCAAACACCGCCGAGGCCACCGAGGGCGGACCGGGCGGCAAGGCCGUCGGGUAUCCCUACUCCGCGAUGGUGGCUCAACGGGCUCUGUUCGGCUCGCACCGGCGUCGGGUCGGCGGUAGGAAGGUCGGUGCCGGCGACGGCAAGUCGCAUCCCAGUCGGCUCAGCAAGGUGUCGGCAGCGGACGAUGGCAAGUGAGCCGGUGGUGGGCGUGUAGUUGUUAGGCUUAUGGCUAGUUGUCGUCUCUGUAGCGUAUGGACGCAGUGUAGAUUACCUUCUCGCCGCUUAAUGCACGAAAAGAAUAGGAACUAAGGGCGUGGUUGAAUGCUUGAAUCGUUCCACCCUCAUAAUAACCCGUCGCCACCGGGAAUCCGCUCCUCCGCCUUCCUGAAUUCGCUCGCGCUCCGUUAAAACCAAGCAAAAAUUAGAAGCUAUUAGUCCGCGAUUAUAUUAAGUUCCUUUUUCCGCUCUCGCCAUCUCUUCUCUCCCGCGAUGCCCGACUACGACCGGGGCCACAGGAUGGCGGUCUGGGCCCACCGCGCGCCGGCCGGCUCGGAGGCCGUGGCCGCCGCCGCCCGCGGACCGCCGCUGCGGCCCGGGAGGGGGAACGGUAGCCGGAUCGGGACCGGCAGUUCCUCCUCCUCCUCCUCGACGGGGGAGUCGUGGGCCGGCGACCCGGAGACGAGGCGGCGGAGAAGGGUGGCGGGGUACAACGCGUACGCCGCGGAGAGCAAGGUGAGGGCCUCCCUCCGUAACGGGCUCCGCUGGUUCAAGGCCCGCUGCUCCGCCCUCGUCUACGGACGGUGACGCGCCGCACCCUCCCGGAGUUCCAUCAAAGUACGUCACUGGUUUGUAACGUUUGUGAUGAACCAACGUCGUGUCCUUCUUCUAACCACAAACGAAUCAAAACAAACCCAAAAAAAAGGAGACUAAUUAUCGC